CUUUCGCUGGUUUUCACUUCCCGUUGAAAGUCUUCAGCAUUCAACAUCUGUCAUCAAGACCACCAUUGUCGGUGUCUGACCACACGGCAUCCUCCUCACGUUUUCUCCCCGUCCUCUGCGCUCCCUGCGGAGCUCCAGCAGCCAUGUCUGCAGCUCCGGCCUCUCGCGCCGUCCUACGUCAAACCAGACUUGUCCUGCGCCGAAACAAUUUUAGACAAGCUUCCACCGCCUCAGAAGCCGCCUCGAAAGCUCAAGACUCUGGCAAGCAAGCUGUGUCGAAGGCUUCAGAGGGCCUCAGCAGAGUUCAAAGCUCCGCCAGCUCCACCAUCUCCAGAGUAGGGUCCUCGGCAUACAAUGCAGUGAGCAAGAUUGGCGGAAGGACAGGGAGAGUGAUUUCUUUCGUCGAAUCGUUAAUACCUCCUACCGUCUACUACUCUCGCGUCGGAUUAGAGCUUGCGAGAAUUGUUUUCAAAGGUCAAAGCAUGGCACCACCGUCCACGGCACAAUUCCAGUCAUACUUCCAGCCUCUGAUCAACGUGUUCCGGAACCCACGAUCCAUCGGUUCUACCAUGAGCUCCAUGACUAGCUCUGUCAACCCUGAAUCGCUCCUCAGUACCGUCCGCAACGUCAACUCCCAACAACUGACUACGGCCGGGAUCGUCUUUGCUCAGGUUUUGGGAUUUUUCACUGUGGGUGAGAUGAUCGGUAGAUUCAAGGUGGUCGGAUAUCACGGUGAACCACACCACGAGCACUAGAAGAGGAGGCCGGACAUUCGCGUUGGCUGGCCUUGUAAUCUUAGGAGUCGAUCACGUACGAAAAACAGGAGAAUACACAUAUUCGCGGGUUACAGAAGAUCCAUGUUGCCCUUAUGCAGUCUGCAGAUCGCACCUCGUCAAUCAAACGAGUAUUUCGAGGAGCUGUUUACAAAAGCUAACGGGCCUUCAAGAUGUUGAUUGUACUUUUAUGUUUCAAGUGCCUGUGUAUCGCGGUGCGUUGAUAGAGAAAAUCGGCCGGAUGACAUACAAUCGGGGACAGAGCAGCACCGAGACCUGGCUCUUUUUCACGUCGAUAUUUGUCUCCCGAUGUGAUUCUUUUCUGACGCCACCAGCUUUCCGUACAAGCGAAUGAUGUCGCGCCCGCGAGCUUGAUGUGUUCGAUUUCAAACCGCAAUUGCGGAUUGCGGGGAGUAAUAGCCGGAGCUUGAUGCAGACUUCCAUAUACUUGGCCGACUGCACAUGGAGACACCUUCCUCAACGCAAGGUUCUCGACAAUACAAACC